AGAGACAGCUGCAGCCUGGCCAUUACCAUGACCCACACGGCCCGAUCCGUGGACAUCACUGAACUCUCUGGAGACAUCAUCAAGCUUGUUUUCAAAGGAAACAAAGCGUUCGUACGGUACCUGGACCCCGAGACUGCAGCAGCCAACCUGAAGAUAAUCGAGAAGGCGGUGGGCAAGGGCAAGGUAUUGAGAGUGGAGAAGUGCACAACGCGCAAGCAGACUACUCUCGGCAACAUGCUCGACUUGUUUCGGCUGCCCUUCAACUGCACUGUGGCCCGCCUCAAGCAGCACUUCCCUUGUUCCCGCGUUUGCGUGCUCAAACACGGCUUUGCCAGACUCUGCUUCAACUCCACUGAGGACCUCAAGCGAGCCGUUCAGAGGCCCGGGUGUCACACCAUAGACGGCCACCAGAUCCGACUGAGCCUCGUCAAAGAACUUGAGAAAGAAGACCAUGCAGGAGGCCGGCAGUCGCGGGACAGCCGUGGAGGCUACGGCCGCGGGUGGAACGGGCCGGUAGGGCGGGCCUUCUGGCGUGGCGGCGGCCGUGGCGGCAACCGCAUGGGCAGCAGGGCCUCUGACUGGGACUCGGGCGGUCGCGGUGACUGGAGCGAAGUCGAAGACAGCCGCGCUUGGCGAGGCGGCAGCCGAUUCUUUUGGAACAGCGGCGGUGGCGGCCGACGGGGAAGGCGAGGCGGCCGCCGAGGCUCCUGGAACCGCAACUGAAAUCGCCCGGACGCCAGAGCCCC